AUUUGCUCCGCGGCAGUCAUGGGAGAGCAUCUGGCGGCCCUGUAGACCUUCCCAGAAUGCCUCAUUUCACAAGACUCAUUUUCUUCUUGUUUUGCCUGAUGGUUCUCGUGGAAAGCAAAGAGCCCAGGAGGAGGAAGCGGACGGGGCAGCUGGAAACACCCAAGCCGAGUCACCUGUAUAAGAAUCUUGACGUGACCAAAGUCGGCAAAGGAAAGCCUCCCCCGCUUCUCCGAGUGGAGGACCACGACUUCAGCAUGAGGCCCGCCUUCGGAGGCCCUGCCAUCCCGGUGGGCAUGGACGUGCAGGUGGAGAGCCUAGACAGCAUCUCAGAGGUGGACAUGGACUUCACCAUGACCUUGUACCUGCGGCACUACUGGAAGGACGAGAGGCUGGCCUUCCCCAGUGCCAGCAACAAGAGCAUGACAUUUGAUGGGCGGCUGGUGAAGAAGAUCUGGGUCCCCGAUGUCUUCUUUGUUCACUCCAAAAGGUCGUUCACCCAUGACACCACCACCGACAACAUCAUGCUGAGGGUGUUCCCUGAUGGGCAUGUGCUGUACAGCAUGAGGAUCACAGUCACUGCCAUGUGCAACAUGGACUUCAGCCACUUUCCCCUGGACACCCAGACCUGCUCUCUGGAACUGGAAAGCUAUGCAUAUACAGACGAAGAUCUGAUGCUGUAUUGGAAGAAUGGUGACGAAUCCCUGAAAACAGAUGAGAAGAUCUCCCUGUCUCAGUUUCUGAUCCAGAAAUUUCACACCACUUCUAGACUGGCCUUCUACAGCAGCACUGGCUGGUACAACCGUCUGUACAUCAAUUUCACCUUGCGACGCCACAUCUUCUUCUUCUUGCUCCAGACCUACUUCCCUGCCACCCUGAUGGUCAUGCUGUCCUGGGUGUCCUUCUGGAUUGACCGCAGAGCUGUGCCCGCCAGAGUUUCACUGGGCAUCACCACGGUGCUGACCACAUCCACCAUCAUCACGGGCGUGAACGCCUCCAUGCCCCGCGUCUCCUACGUCAAGGCCGUGGACAUCUACCUCUGGGUCAGCUUCGUGUUCGUGUUCCUGUCGGUGCUGGAGUACGCGGCCGUCAACUACCUGACCACCGUGCAGGAGCGGAAGGAGCGUGAGCUGCGGGAGAAGGCGAGACGGGUUUCGUUCAUUUCCUCGUCUGGGCUCUUCCCCUGCAUGUGUGGAAUGCCUCAUUCAAGAACCAUGAUGCUGGACGGAAGCUGCAGUGAAUCUGAGGCCAACAGCCUGGCUGGGUACCCGAGAAGCCAUAUUCUCACUGAAGAAGAAAGGCAAGACAAAAUAGUGGCCCACCUGGUGCUGAACAGCAGAUCCAGCUCCUCCGGGAAGAAGGGGCUCCUGAAGGGCCAGAUGGGGCUUCGCAUCUUCCAGAACACCCAUGCCAUUGACAAAUACUCCAGGUUGAUAUUUCCUGCCUCGUUCAUAUUUUUCAACUUAAUUUAUUGGUCGGUGUUUUCCUAGGGGCUUGGAGGCUGUGCAGGGAAGAGGGCAGAGACAUCUGUGUGGCUUGGCCAGCCAUCUGCACAUGGCCUCGCUGGCUGUGCCCCCCUCACCCGGCGGCGCAGGUCCUGGACCACCCUGGUGAUCCCAGGAGCCCUCCACCUGCCCUUACCCAACCUCAAGGGUUUGCUCCUCAUUCAUGCUGUGUAUUUCGCCCCACUUUGCACCUCCUUAGGACUGUCUGCUUCUGUUCUUGUGUGUGAACAUAUUCACAAGAGCCCCCCUCCUAUAAAAACAUGACUCAAAUGCCUCCUAGUCUUUCUGAGACCCUAAUAGCCUAAGAUUCCAUUGUAAAGGGAAAAGGAAAAAUGAAGUGAGAGCUUAGGGGCAUUCUGGAGAGGAGAGGAGAAAUUAGGGUGUGAAGUAGGAAUAAGAAAUUUGUAGCCCAAUCUGUGACCCCUCUAGAGGUCAAGCUAAUAACUCAGCCCAGAGCUCCCAGGUAAACAAAGGCCCUCCUACCAGGCGGGAUAUUCUGAGGGCUUAGCAGUUACUGCCAGGAGCUGGAGGCCAAGGCCCACACCUUUCUCUCAGCAAGGUUGAUCCCUGUCUGUAGAGCAAUCCCGUCAGUUUCUUGCUGCUAAUGUUAACUCCUGUGCUGCUGUGGUUGACACGCAGUAAACACUUUAAGGCAUCCCAGCAUUAGGCACAGUGGAAUCCAAAUUAAGAAUAAGAGACAGUCCUAGUUCUCAGAGAGGACAUGGUACACAGGUAUCUGUAAGUUUAAAAAGUGGUAAAUGCUACAAUAAUGGUUCAAAGUAUAAUAGGAAUUUGGAGAAAGGGAAGAGUAAUUUCCACUGGGAAGACUGGAUCUCAUGGAGGAAAUAGCCUCUGAGUUGCCCCCCAAAGGUGGGGAUUUGGAGAAGAAAUGUGCUUGUUGGAUGCGUGCUAUCCAAUAUAGUAGCCACUGGCCAUGUCUCUAUUUGAAUUUAGGUCAAUUAAAGUUAAAUAAAAUUAAAAAUUCAGCUCUUGCUGCAUUGCAGUAGCCACAUUUCAAGGGCUCUUCUCAAUAGGUACAUAUGGCUGACGGCAAGUGAAUUGGAUACUGUAGAUCUGUAGAACAUUCUCACAGUCACAGGAGACCCAUUAGAUGGUGCCGCUGUAGAUGAAAGACCAGCCUGAACAAAGGCUUAAGAGAGUCAGGAAAACCCAGAUUUCAGAGUAAAGCAUUUGUGGGGCAAGCCACCCAUUUUGGCUGCAUUCCAGGCUGUGGGAAAAUGAGGUAGGAUACCAGCUUUUUCCCCAACACAAGGUGUCAUGACAGGUGCCCCCAUGCCUGUGUUAAUGGGACAGCUUCCCCUCCCUGGAGUUGCCUGGCCCAAGACUGUUGGAUUUCCCAGCCUCAUGGACAAAUGAAGAAUGAAAGCACACAAGCAAGGAUAAUUGGAUGGUAAGAGAGCACCUGGACUUGUUUAUAAACCUUUAGAGAUUCUCAAAGGCCACAAUUCUGCUCAAAGAAUGAUAAUUAU